UUAAACAGUCAUGUCUGUGUUGCCACGUGGUUACGAAUGUCCUCGACCAGCAGCAAGAUACGGAUGUGUCAAAGGGGAGUAUAGCAUUUAUUAUAAGAGACCGUGCUACGGACAACCUCGACCACAGCCGUUUCAAAGAGAAGCAGCGCCAUACUGCGGAGGAGCUAGUAAUGUACCUCGUGAUAGGCCUUGUUGCUACGAUUAUCCAUGCAAGGCGGAUUGUUUCAAUCACGGGGCAGCAACAAGACCCAGCGGUAGAUACGCGAGAACUGUCUGGUAUCCAGGCGAGUGUUGUCCAGUCGUGCCUCCCUGUCAAGCAUUCACCUGCCCCAAUCCACCGUUCCAUCCUUGCUGUGUAAAUACUGUAAACAAGAUUGUUUAAACCGUAUUUUAUUACUUACUAUACCUACUAUGUACCUAUACGUGCCUAGUGAAUUUUUUGAGCUUUUAUGCAGAUAUCUAAAAAUUGUUCUUAAAACUUUCGUGUCGAAGUUAUUUGUAUUAAGUAAAGUUUGCAAUAAAUAUCGUCGGUUUAAUACUUUUUUGUUUGAUUAUAACCACAUUGAACAAGGUCCAAAUAAAUAUGUAUGUAUAUAUAUAUAUAGUGUAUAAUUAGAGAGGUCUUGUCCUGAGGGCAAAUAUAAUAAAGAAAACUACCUAC